UUUGUAUAUCAGGAUGAUAAGCGAGUGACAAUGUUUAAAACAACUCCAGUCACUACUAAAUCGCCGUCGCCGCCUGACGUCAUGCCGAUUAUAAUACACAAAACCGAUGUCAGUCCGCCGGCUCGCGCGACGCUCAUCCUCACAGAAUUACUCGGUCUUAAAGUCGAAACUCGCGAAGUGAAUCUGCCUUCAAGACAACAAUUCAGCCCUGAGUAUUUAGACAAGAAUCCAUUACACACAGUUCCACUAUUAGAAGACGAUGGAUUAGUUCUACAGGACAGCCAUGCAAUCAUGAUAUAUCUUGUGUCAAAAUAUGGCAAGGAGCACGAGAAUUUGUACCCUAAGGACGACGCAACAAGAGCGAUAGUCAAUCAACGCUUGUUUUUUGACGCAUCUAUACUCUUUCCAAGGUUGAAGACUGUUAUUUAUAGUGUUGUUAAGCAUGGAGUACCAAUGACGGAGGCACAGGAGACAGAUAUAAAGGAAUGUUAUGAUGUUGCUGAGAAGUAUCUCACGGAUCAAUACAUGGCUGGGGAUUGCUUGACCUUGGCCGACAUAUCGUGUGUCACUACUAUAUCUUCCUUAGACUGUAUCGUGCCUAUACAUUCGAAGUACAGAAGGCUUCACGACUGGUGGGGCCGACUGAAGAAGGAACCGUGGUACCAGAAGAUCAAUCAACCAGGAUUGGCGUUGUUCGGGAGAUUUAUUAAAGGAUUUUUGUGAAUAAUCAGAGACGGUGUGAAUCCAGAGAGCGCCCUGGACACCUCAUAGGGGACCCUAAAUUUUGUUGGUGCCGCCGACGUUCUAUUUGCUUUUGGGCACGUCUUCCGAUGCUGCUCUGUAAUCUAGUCUCAUAGGCGCUUACCUAGUUUUCUUAUGUGAUCAAUAUUGUUUUGAAAUAAGUGUUAAGUGAAUAAAUAAUAAAUUAUAAAAGUAAAUGACUUUCAACUUCA